CGCACAAGAUUCAGAACGCGCCAGAUUCAGGGAGAGGAAGACUUGCGCAAACUCAAACGAGCCUCAGCCCCAAGUCAGGGACCCAUGCAAAACAGACACACUGCAUGAGAGAUACAUCGGUGGUGAUGCGCACGGUCUGACACUGGCUUCCGUUCAUUGUAUCGUUUAGCGACACAUCAUCUGCUGCGCCGAGCCUCUACGGUCCUUCCUGCGCUCUGACCUGGCUAAUUUCUCCGUUCUCACCUCCAGACAGGCAUAUCGCAGUGGUUGAUAGAUACAUACCCAAGCCUACUGCCGCUCAGAGCGCAAACCAGACCUCCACAACCUUCGCAUACACGCAAAGACACGAUGGGGAAACAGAACAGCAAGCUGACCCCAGAGGUGAUGGAGGACCUGGUGAAGAACACGGAGUUCAACGAGCACGAGCUCAAACAGUGGUACAAGGGCUUCCUCAAGGACUGCCCCACCGGCCGCCUCAACCUGGAUGAGUUCCAGCAACUUUACGUCAAGUUUUUCCCGUACGGCGAUGCCUCCAAGUUUGCUCAGCACGCCUUCAGGACCUUUGAUAAGAAUGGUGAUGGCACGAUCGACUUCCGGGAGUUCAUCUGCGCGCUGUCCAUCACCUCCAGGGGCAGCUUCGAGCAGAAGCUCAACUGGGCCUUCAACAUGUACGAUCUGGACGGAGAUGGAAAGAUAACACGAGUGGAGAUGCUGGAGAUCAUCGAGGCUAUCUAUAAGAUGGUUGGCACGGUGAUCAUGAUGAAGAUGAACGAGGACGGUCUGACGCCAGAGCAGCGCGUGGACAAGAUCUUCAGCAAGAUGGACAAGAACAACGACGACCAGAUCUCGCUGGAGGAGUUCAAGGAGGCGGCCAAGAGCGACCCGUCCAUUGUACUACUGCUGCAGUGCGACCUGCAGAAAUGAGCAGCCACUCCUCACCUCUCUUCUUCACUUGUACAGAAAGAGGAAGGGGAGAGAGAGAGAGAGAGAGAGAGAGAGAGAGAGAGAGAGAGAGAGAGAGAGAGAGAGAGAGAAAGAGAGUGAGAGAGUGAGAGAGAGAAAAGGCAAAGGCGCCAUGGACUGCACAGAAGAUUAAUGUUCCAUUCAGUUUGCAGCUAUUUCCACUGAUAAAAAGAAGAAAAAAUUAUAAUUCUGAUUAUAAUAUGCUUGGACAACCUUUCAACGGAUUCCGCUUCUUGUGUUUGAAACACUCGUGUGCAUGAGAAUGUUAUUUGCUGACAAAUAUUUGCCACACUACAGAGUUGUCCCACACAUGCACACACACAAACAAACACAAACACACACACACACGCAAAAACACACACGCAGACACACACAAAACACCAUGCACAAAUAUAUAUAUAUAUAUAUAUAAUUCUAUAAAUAUAUAAAUAUAUAAAUAUAUAUGAAUUAUUUAAAAUAAACUGCCAAAAUGUGAACAGUGUGCAAAGUACUUCCCGUAGAGUCCCAUUCCACUGGAGCUUGCGCAUCAGUGAUGUGCUAUGUUGAAUUAAGCUACUAUUUAUUGUUCAAGUUUACUGAUGCUAGCUAUGUGGUUCAUUUACAGAGUAAUGUUGACGAAAACCAAAAUCCUGUCUGAGUAACACAUUUAUCCACUCCUUUGGAAAAUUUGAAUCAAUCUAAUAGACCACACGCUGAAUUAUGAUCUCUCCAACUUCACCUUCCAAAUGUGCUUGUAAUGUGGGUGAUUAUAAUUGUAGUUUAUUUGCAUGCUGUUAAGUUUUGCCUUACAAAGAAAUGAGACUUUGCAUCCUUCCAGACUGAUGAAAAAAAUUGCCUUAAGAAAAUGCAAUUGAAAACUGAAUACAAAAGACAGAACAGGAUACUCACGUUACAUUAGAUACAGUAUUGAAUGGGAUGUAUGUUUGUGAUUUGUCUAAGCAUUUUUUUUUUAAAUUAUUAUUAUUAUUUUCCUAUAUACCUGUAGGAGCAUGUUUUCCUCAACACAGUAUAGAAUAGUUAAUGCUUCCCAUCAGAGCAUUUUCCUAUUUUAAAUCCAUCCCAUGAACAUAGUUUUAGAAUGGUAAUCUUCAACAUAACAUUGCAAAUAACCAAAAACUACUAACAGUCACUCAAACUCCUGUAGAGGUAUGCCAUUUGAAUUUAUCUGUAUGCUUUGCAUCUCUAAGGCUUAUAGAUUGUGACCCGCUUAUGAACAAAUUUUCAUUUAGAGCAUUAGAAUCACCCAGUGUCAUGUGUUGUCCAUGUACGAACAGUACUAUGCUGUAACCACAGUUAUAGCAUGAACCUCCACUGCCUUUAGUGUACAUAUUUUCCAACACUUCAAGCCUCUUCAAGCCACGUAUUCCUGUCACAAAGGCACAGCUUGCAUAUCAGAGCGAUAACAGUUUCUCAGUUAGUUUCCAAACGGAGAGGGUUAAAAAUGGAGCAAAAACUUUUUUGCUUGGCUUUCUACUCCUUGCCGCUCGCUCGCGCUCUCCAAGCACAAACUGAGAGGUGAGGGUCCAACUACAUAUAGAACCAGUCAGCAAUGCAUCCUAUUCAAUCAUUUGUGGCAAUAGGAGAAAAGGGUUUUCUAAGUGCUACCCUGAGCUUGAUGUGUCUCUUUUCUGUAUGUUCUUUUUUUUCUUUCUUUCUAACUUCUCUUCUCCUCUACUUUCCGGUCCAUGUGUCUUGAUGCAUACUUGUAUGCCUGCUCUUUUUCCUGUUCAUCUCUGUGGAGAGUGGUUGAGGAGUCCUUUGUGUCUUUGCUUGUGAAUGUUGACGAAAACAUUUUUAGAGGGCCUCCAGCCUAGUCUCUCUCAUUUGUGCAGUCUGGAAACAACGCUGUUAGUUCAUGCACUGUCUGACGCAUUAAGAACUCUGUCCAACAUAGAUUGGAUUUUAAAAUGAGAAACGCUGUUUUCAGAUCAGGUCAGUGAUGACAAGAAACACUGGGUCUUGAUUAUCCCAAACUUCUUUGCCAAGCCGUAUGUACUUAGACUAUCGUUAUCAGACUCCAGAUUGAAGCAACUGUUGGCAAAAAUGUCAAGGAUUCUUUUGUACAUGUAGCAUGUAUUGUUCCCUUGAUGACAUGGCUGCACUACUCCUUGUGUUGUGGUUUAAAUAAAACAUUUACAGGCUG